AUGAGCUGGAUCCAAAAAGUUGGUGGCAAGAUCACCCUAGAACGUCAUGGUGCUGGGUUUCCGGAAGAGUUUCAAAUGGGUGAGGACGCCACAGAAGGGGCCAGCCGGGUGCCACCCCCGGUACCUAUUCGAAACGCGAACACCGUAACUGGAAAAGGGAUCGAGUGGGACAAACCGAACUGGCCGGCUAUAUUCCACGUUGUGCACAUAGAUUUGUCGGAGCUGGUGCCUCUAGUCCGAGCAAACCCAGCGUUGUACAGUUGGUUCUUUUGGUACGCUAUGGUGUUGUUGGUUUUGAACUGGGUAACAUGGACUGUUCUCGCAGCCCGUGGUGCAGCCUCAAAUCCGUGGGCCCAGUGGGUGGUCUCUUUGCUUAACGUAUUUUUGGGGUUUUUUGUCUUGUCUGCCGGUUAUUUCACAGUUUUCAGAGCAUGCGCGGAAGAUGACUCGACUUAUUAUAAGGCAUCGUACUGCAUACUCGGUAUCAUCACGGCGCUCUGCAUUGUGAUGAGCAUCGUCAGCUUCCCGUUUCCAUUCAACGGUUGGACACGUCUCGGAUGGAUUCAGAAUAAUGCCAAAAAUUUGCGGACGUAUUGGCGAGCGAUGACCAUCAUUGAGAGUAUAGGGUGGACGGUGGCGUAUAUUGCGUCUACUUUUCUGGGCAUCAAAUUGUGGCGAUACCAGCAUCUCAUGUGA